CACCACUUGGUCCAUUCUCACAGCCAAUCGCCACACGUCAGAAUGCCCGGCAUUCCAGCGAGCGACAUGGUAGCGGAGGAGGAUGUCACCUCUCUAGGCCUCCCUCAAGUUACGUCGACACAGAGCACCGACCACCUCUUGGCCCCAUACGAUACUCUGACAGGUUCCGAAUCCGUUGCGUCCUUGGCCACAAUCACCACAGGCAACUUGUCAAAUUUCAAUCUUCGAACGGACUCUCCCGAUCUUGAGCCAGUCGUAGUUCAACUUGUGUUGGCACAAGGCAAGGACAACAGAGCUGGCCCUCCCAGGUCGUCUGCCAAGACUCAGGUCGGUUCUGGUUCUGACAGUUGGACCUUUUGGGGAGCGCUCAAGAGUGGCGUUGGGCUGCAGGAUUUGACGUCCCCGUAUCUGGGAGACACUCGCGACGCCGUCACCGGGAUUUCACCAGAAAUCCAAGACCCACAACGCAAACCAGAAUACAAGUCGCUCCCUCUUCGAUGGCCAUACCAGGCCUUUAUGUUCGUCUUUAUUGCAGGCAUCUUUGCAUUUCUCGAAUACGAAAUACAUAACCUCCCCCCGCAGCACUUCGCCGUCCUUCAAAUCAACCUGCCGAAACCCAGUUCGUCGCCUUCUCUAUCUACAGUCAAAGACUUAAUCCAAAUAACCUCCGCCGAAGAAGCCAUGACAAACCGAGAUUUCCAGAGUUCUCCUGCCACUGUCAUAACCAAAUAUCAGGUCUCAGACGUGUCACCGCUCGACAACACGAGUCAUAAGUCAUCUACUCUGCUUCCAACAGCAGUGGCCCGGCCAUUAUCCCAGCCAACUCCAGCCGAAACUAACGGAUCCACGGGACCCAGCAUCGUCCUCCCGGGCCCAGUCCCACCAGAGCCAGAAGCACGCUCCCUCAACCUACGCACCGAGAGCGACUACCUGCUGGCCGUGCUCGGGCCCGUGCUGCUGAAAACCCUGCUCUCCAUCGCCGUGCAAGUCUUUGUCAGCCGUCUCAACGCCAUGCUGCCGUUCCGCGCACUCAGCCACGGGCGCGGCGCCACCGCCGAAAUCUCCCUCUUCCUCAGCCGCAGCAGCUGCCUCUUGACACUACCGCUCACCAGCGCCCGCUUCCUCCACCAGCGCCCGCUUCCUCCACCAGCUCCGCGACCCGCUGCCGCUGUUCGCCUUCCUCCUCACCGCCGUGUCGACGGCCCUGGUGCCGCUCCACGCCGGUCCCGCGCGCCCCUGCCGGAAUCCGGCGCCGCGAUGCGCGCCGCCGAGGGCCUGCUGGGUCUGCUGGCCGCGCUGGUCGUCACCGUCGGCGUGCUACUCGCGCGCUGGCGGACGAGCGUCGAGGCCGAGCCCUGGAGCAUCGCGAACAUUGCCGCCCUGGUCGCCCAUGAUCGUAACGGCGGCGGGCACUUGAGCAGAAUUGUGCGAUCGAUAGCGCCGCGGGAUCACGACGGAGGGGCUGAUGACGGUGACCAAUACCAUGUGCGAGAUGUGGCGGAGGUGGAGAGGGACGUCGUCCGGGAGGGGCGCAGGUUCCGGCUGGGGUUCUUUUCCUUGCCUGCAGAUGAAAUAGCGGCGAAUGCCGAUGACGAACGGCUGCACCAAGGGCACGGCAUCAUUGUGGUUGAUGGAGAUGCCGUGGCGACGGCAGCGGACGACACGGAGUCGAUCCGGUCCACAGCUCGAGAUUCGCCUCGACUGACCGAGAUGUUGGGGCGUGUUGUACUAGGGGCAGAGAUGGAGCACGUGCCUCAGGUGCUCGCGCUCAUGCUGCUGGCCGGCCUACCCGUAUUGGUGCUGUACUACGAGAACGCGACACUCGAAACGGCAUUCCAGGCGUUCAUGAACGGCCAGUCGUUUGGCGUACGCAUCCUGUUCACUGCGUUUGGAACGGCCGUGAGCGCGUUCUGGGACUACUAUUUCGGCCGGGCUGACACCCGCACAAACAAAGUCGUCUCGGAGCUCCAAAUACACCGCCGCCUGGCAGCCAGUAACAACAACAACACCGCACAGCCCGCGCGAACCUCGAUCCUGCUGUCUCCCCCCUCAGACGUGUUCGUCGGGCUGUGGCAUCAGGGCGUCAGCGGGAUCCGCACCCGACAGGACGCGCUGUACCUCGCCACGGCCGUGGCAGCGCUGCUCGCCAAAUUCAUGCCGACGCUGCUCUCCAACAUCCCGUUCCGCAACACGGUGACCUGGAAGAUGCACGAGACGUGCACGUGGCUGGCCGUCGGCGUGCUGGGCUACAUGGUGGCCGUGUUGCUGGCGGCGCUGUGGGUCAAGCGGUGCGCCAGGACGGCUGGCGGCGUGCACAUGCCGGUGCGGGCGGACACUCUCCUCGGGUGCAUGUACUACCUCUGCGAGUCGGACAUGGUGGGCGACUUUGAGGGCCUGGCGGCGGUGCCGCUGUGGGAGAGGGAUGCGCUGGUGAGCAAGAUGGGAAAGCGCUAUGUCUGUGGCUAUGUCGGCGUCGGCCACGCUAGGUUUAGGAGGGUAAAGGUCGAUUAUUAUUGUGCCACGAGGGAAAAGAGCGAAGGGAAUUUGGCUGAGAAAGCGUUAUAGGUGGACGGCACUCUUCGGCAUGUUGAAACUGCUGUCAGCCGCAGCGUUCGGCGACGUAGGCCAGCAGGUUGAUAAAGGUGGUGAC